AUGAAUAAAAAUAAGCCAAAAAGCAAAAACAAAAAAGGCCUCAAAGAUAAGGGCAAUAAGUGGAAGAACUUGUCAAAUGAAGAACUUGUAAAUUUAAUUAAAAUCCAAAAGGAGGAAUACACUAGAACAGUUCAAAAAAAACACCUGCUGGAAAGGAGAUUGGACGAAAAAAAAAAUGAACUCGAGUGUUUCAAAAAAGAGUACAAUGAAUUGAAAAGCAAAGUAUAUUUCAUCAGUGAAGGAUGCGAAAAAUAUGAUGAAAAGCACAAGGAGGAACAAAAAAUAAUUAAAAACAAAUCAGUUUUUUAUAAUUUUCAAAAUGCAGAAGAACUGAAAAAGCUGGAUAAGGAAAAAGAAGAUAUAAAAAGUAUGAUUAAUCAGAAGCAUGAGCAAGCCAUGAAUAAUGUGGUGAGCUUCUUAGAAGACGAGAGACAGAACUUAGAUCAUGUGAAAAACAGAAAUUUUCAAGAUAUAGAUGAACUCAACACCUCCUUCAAUUUGAAAUUAGACAGCAUGGAAAAACUAUUCACAAAAUAUUUGGAAGAGUAUGAACAUGACAUGAAAGAUGAAAUGAAUGAAAUGAUUGAUAAUUAUAACUUAAUAGAAAGAAAUGAAAUAAUUUACUUAAACAAUUUAUAUAAUGAUCACAUUAACAAUAUUAACGAGAUUCAUAUUAAUAUGUUUCAAAGCUAUAAAGAAUAUUAUAUUGAACAAAUCCGAGAAAAUAUAAGUAAAAUAAAAUCACUAAAAAUGAAUAUUAACGAGUUAGAGGAAUGUGAUAAGGAAAUAAAAACCGAACUGAAUAUUCAUAGUAAUCAGAGCUCAGACAUUAUGGAGAAAAUAAGAAUCUUAGAGGCUAAGAGGGAGGACCUUAACAAAGACUUAAAAUUUUAUUCAAAGGACUUUGUGAUAUUCAAAAAUUUGGAACUCAUUUACAAUGAAAACAAUGUGUAUAUAAAAAAUUUAAGAGAAUUUUCUAAAAAUUCCAAGGACAAAAUAGUACAAGUGGAGGAAGCAUUUAAGGAAUUAUCACAUGGGGAAAACGAAAAUAUUGAAACAGAGUUAGGAGACUAUUUUGAAGAAAUAAAAAAUAAAAACAUGCUUUUAAAAAAAAUGGUACAAAGUGUUGAUAUCGAUAUGGAUGUAAUAAACAAGGAAUUAACUUCAUAUAUAAAAAGCCAUAAUAUUAGUGAUGAUGAUGUGAAAAAAGUACAGAAUGGGAUAACCUUCUGUAUAGAAACUUACAAUAAAGAGCUUGAGAAUGUGUUGUAUACAGAGAAGCGUGUAAAAAAAAAAAUAAAAGACACUUCAAAUAUUUAUGAGAAAAAAAUGAGGGAUAUAAAUGUAAAGAGAGGCAUUUAA